UUUUUUUCUGAAUUGCACACACUGCGACGCAAGCAGCUGUGCGGGCAACGUUGCGUUUUUUACACACUUUACUUUUCUUUUUUUUACGCACAUCGAAGUGAAUUAAAUAGUUCAAGUGGGUGAAAACACGUCGCUCACACAAGCUGCGAACUAGGGAAGGAAUCAAAGUGCAGCAAGCAAACGUCACUGAUGAGCGCUGUAGCGGCCACAACGGGCGGCGCUGCCGGCGACAACAAUAACAAAAAAACCAAUAGAAAUAACUUAAAACAACUGCCAACAGCCGCACUGGACGAUCUAGUACAAUAUGUGACAUUACAUGUGCGCAAACCGACGCUCAUGAGUGGUGUCGUUUUGCCAUUUGUACCGCUGUAUUUGACUGCCUUUUAUCUAUGGAUCUACGUGUACAAAGGGCAUGGAGAUGACGUGCACAAUUCAAAGAACGAGAGUGGGAGUGAAGAUGCAGCCUGGAACGAUAUUGGUUUCAUUGCGGUGGUGGCCAUUGCCUUUCUGCAUAUACUAACGAUGCUCUUUUGCUAUUGGAGCGUACACGUGUUAGCCUUUCUCACCUGCCGUCGCGUCAAGAAGCCGGCAGCUGGUGUUCUAGCGAAAGUGGUGCCCACAGCGAACAAUGGCAACUCGAAAAUUGUGCCUAUACGACACUUAAAGCUGGAAAAUGGAGACCUGCAAUACUAUUUGGUAUUUCAGAAGACAAAAUACGUUUGGGAUGAGGAUAAGGCGAUCUUUCGUGCAGUGCAAUUCCCAGUAAAUAAGCUGUUGAGCAGCUAUGCGAGCUCCCGAGGAUUGGAGACGGAGCAGGCUAUCAAAACAGCAAUGCAGACCUACGGCAACAAUGAAAUGGACAUGGUUGUACCGGAAUUCCAUGAACUAUUUAUUGAACGGGCUACCGCACCGUUUUUCGUUUUCCAGGUGUUCUCUGUGGGUCUGUGGUGCAUGGAUGACUUUUGGUACUAUUCACUCUUCACGCUCUUCAUGCUGAUUGCCUUCGAGUGCACGAUUGUUAAGCAACAGUUGCGCAACAUGUCCGAAAUACGUAAAAUGGGCAAUAAGCCAUAUCUGAUAUACGCGCUGAGACAGAACAAAUGGCGGCAAAUCGGCAGCGAUGAGCUUCUGCCAGGAGAUUUAGUAUCCAUAACACGCUCACAGAAUGACAAUAUUGUGCCUUGCGAUGUGGUUGUCUUGCGUGGCAGUUGCAUUGUGGAUGAGAGCAUGCUGACUGGAGAGUCGGUGCCACAGAUGAAGGAAUCGCUCGAAUCGCUGCAGGAACUAAAUACUGAACUUGAUGCUGAGGGAGAGGGUAAGCUCACAGUGCUGUUUGGCGGCACCAAGGUGGUGCAGCAUACAGCACCCAGCAAGGAAUCGAUGCGCGCACCCGAUGGCGGCUGCAUUGGCUAUGUUAUACGCACUGGCUUCAACACUUCUCAGGGCAAACUGUUGCGCACCAUUCUCUUUGGUGCGAAUCGUGCGACGGAGAAUAAUGCAGAAACAUUUGCGUUUAUCGCCUUCCUAAUGGUAUUCGCUGUGGCAGCUGCUUCCUAUGUUUGGGUCAAGGGCAGCGAGGAUCCAGAGCGUAAUCGUUACAAACUAUUUUUGGAAUGCGCCUUAAUAUUGACGUCGAUUAUUCCGCCCGAUUUGCCAAUCGAGUUAACGCUCGCUGUGAACACGUCGCUCAUUCAGUUAACAAAAUUAUUCGUCUUCUGCACGGAACCUUUUCGCAUUCCCUUUGCUGGAAAAGUUCAGAUUUGUUGCUUCGAUAAGACAGGCACUUUGACUACGGAUAACCUAAUGGUAGAGGGCAUCGCUGGAUUGGCGUCCAACGGGAAAUGUGUGCCCAUUGAUGAGGCUGAGGAUAGUACGGUGCAGGUGCUCGCCUGUUGUCAUUCGCUAGCAUUGCUUGACGAUGGCUUGGUGGGUGAUCCGCUAGAGAAAGCCGCAUUGGCUGCCGUGGACUGGAAUCUAACCAAGUCGGACAGCGUCAUUCCGAAGCGCGGAAAGUUGAAGCCAUUGCGCAUAGUUCAACGUUAUUAUUUCUCUUCCGCCUUGAAGCGUAUGUCCGUGCUGGCCGGCUACUUGAUACCCUUCUCAAAUGAGAUCAACUACAUUGGAGCGGUCAAAGGUGCUCCAGAGGUUAUUAUGGGCAUGCUGAAGGAAGUUCCCGCAGACUAUGAAAAGAUCUAUUUGGAAUACGCUCGUCGGGGUGCACGUGUCAUGGCUUUGGGCAUCAAAGAAUUCGGCAGCUUGGGAGGACAGCGCGUACGUGAGCUAAAACGUGAGGAUGUGGAAUGCGAUCUAACUUUUGCUGGGUUUGUGAUCAUCUCCUGCCCAAUGAAACCGGACUCGAAGGCGGUUAUCAAGGAGCUUGUUCAGUCCUCUCACAAGGUGUUGAUGAUAACAGGUGACAGUCCGUUGACUGCUUGCCAUGUGGCUCGCGAGCUGCGGUUUACAAACAAGAAGCUGCUCAUUCUGACACCUCCUCAAAAUGAAUCGUCUCACACUUGGAGCUGGGUAUCUAUCGACGGGGAUCGCACCUAUCCAUUGGAUGAAGUCAAGGGCGAUAAGAACAUUUCAAUGCUAUUGGCCGCCAAUGAUUUGUGCAUUACGGGCGAGGGGUUACUGUAUUUGCAGCAGGCUCAUCAUUCGUAUAUGCUCAAAGUGCUGCCCCAAGUUACGGUCUGUGCGCGCUUUGCACCCAAGCAGAAGGAGUAUAUCAUUACGACACUGAAGCAACUGGGCUACUAUACUUUAAUGUGUGGCGAUGGCACCAACGAUGUGGGCGCUCUGAAGCAUGCCCAUGUUGGUGUCUCCUUGCUGACCAGUGCUCCAGUCAAACGUAAACGCACGGAUGAGGAACUGCGUCAGAUUAAUGCUGCUGCAACAGCUGCCGCUGCAGCUGCUGUGGCUGCCAAUCAACAGUUGUCGCCACGAGAACGAGCUUUGAGAAGGCGACAGGAGCACAUCGACCGGACGCAAGCGCGUCUACAGAGUGCUCUGCGGGACAUGGAUGAACAGACUAUGGUUAAGCUCGGCGAUGCAUCCAUAGCAGCGCCAUUCACUAGUAAACUAUCUUCGAUUAUGUGUGUGAAUCAUAUCAUCAAGCAGGGUCGCUGCACGCUGGUCACCACUUUGCAAAUGUUCAAGAUCUUGGCCUUGAAUGCUCUUAUUCAAGCCUAUUGCCAAUCGGUACUCUAUAUCGAUGGUGUUAAGUUCAGCGACACACAAGCCACCAUGCAGGGCAUAUUCAUAGCGGCUUGCUUUCUUUUUAUAACACGCUCCAAGCCAUUGAAAACCCUCUCGAAGGUAGCACCACUGCCCAACAUAUUCAAUUUGUACACCAUAUCGACUAUACUAACACAGUUCGCUGUGCACUUUGGCACACUCUAUUAUCUGACCAGUGAAGCAACGGCGCUGGCGCCUCCACGAGUGGGCAAAGUGAAGCUAUAUAUUGACAUGGAUAAUGAGGAGAAAACGAAAUAUGAUCCAAAUAUAGUCAGUAGCACGGUUUAUAUCAUUUGUGUCUCGCUACAGGUGGCAACAAUUGCAGUGAACUAUAAGGGACAUCCGUUUAUGGAGAGUCUGCGUGCGAAUCGAAUGCUAAUGUGCGCCAUUGGCGCCUCCGCUGCCUUGGUGCUGUUCCUCACCACAGGCGUUGUGCCCGGCUUGACACAAUUCUUUGAAAUCGUCGACUUUCCAGCCAAUUUCCGUCAAACGUUGCUUAUGGCACUCAUUGUGGAUAUUGUUGGCGCCUUUGCAUUGGAUCGCAUCUGUUCAUUCCUGUUUGGGGAAACUCGUCGAAAGUCCAAAGUCCUGAACUGUUAGUUGAAUAGCAAAAUAUUAAGUCACUUGCUCACACUUAACUUGAGCCAAGACAUACCAGGCAGCAGGAAAAGUAUAUUUUGAGUCAACAUUUCCCCCAAAUUUGAUUAUCCUAAAUUUGUAUGUAAGUACUUUAGAUCUUUGCUAGUGCUGCAUAAGUGUAUUAAAAACUUUAAGUGGGGUUCUCUAGCGUCGGUUUCUUAAUUACUUUCAACAAAAAAAAAAAAAAAAAAUCUUUUAAUAAUGCAUUUCUGUUCAUGUAUUUGUGUGCUUGAUUUGUCGAACUAAUAAGUAUAUACAUAUAUAAGUCAAUAUAUGCAGUUAGUUCAAUUGACGUAAGAUUUUGUAAUAAUAAUAAAUACAUAGCUAAUAAAAUUAAACAGUCUAGAAAUUGAAAUUUAAA